AUGGAGUCUAUUGACAAAUGGACCGAUAAUCUCGUGAAUCUUGAGCUGUCAUCCUCACCUGACCCGGAGCCAUGCUUUAAUGAAGAUUGCGUUUUGGGUAUCGAUGAGGCCGGACGUGGCCCUGUGCUCGGACCGAUGGUCUAUGGCACAUCCUAUUGGCCAAUUUCUAAGGCAAAAAGCUAUGAACAGAUGGGCUUAAAUGAUUCGAAGGCGCUAUCAGAAGCCGAUCGUGAACGUCUCUUCGAACUUUACAACGCAGAGAAUACAGUAUCGGGAUGGCAUCUAAUAUGCAUUUCACCUGUGACCAUUUGUAAGGCUAUGCUUGGUAAGGACAACACACGUGAAAGCUUAAACGAAGUGUCUCAUAAUGCUGCAAUCGCAUUAAUCCGCCAUGCACUAUCAAGAGGAGUGCGAGUUGCUGAAGUAUACGUCGAUACCGUUGGGCCGCCAGAGAAAUACCAAGACAAGCUUCAGAAAAUCUUUCCUGAUAUCAAGGUGACUGUAAGCAAGAAAGCCGAUUCCUUAUUUACGGUUGUGAGCGCCGCUUCAAUCUGCGCCAAAGUCGGAAGAGAUCGUGCACUAAGGAAAUGGUGCUGGCGAGAAGGUGUUACAUACGAUAACAUUGGUUCCGGUUAUCCAGGAGACGCUACAUCAAUAAAGUUUCUUCAGCAGUCAUGUGACCCUGUUUUUGGUUUUCCAUCGAUUGCACGCUUCUCCUGGUCAACGGCCGAGGACAUGCUGGCAAAACAUCACAUUAAGGUCGAAUGGUGCCUCGAAUCUAAUAAGAAGGCAAAAGGCGCAAUGGAUAUGUUCGUAAAGAAAGACCCUGUUCCAAAGGAGAACGCCUUCUUUACUGCUAGAAGCAUUCAGCAAGUGGACGAGCUGUGAUUUCUAAAAAGGCAUUGAUUUCAACCUGAUUUUCAAUACUUUGAUUUAGCCUUUAGAAAAAAGAUUUGCGUAUGAUGCUUGGGUUGUGAUUUUUUCUGACCAAGUUUUAAGGAAAAGAAAAUGUAUAAUACUAUAUUAUAGUUCCGUAUAUCUCGUAUAAAACAAUGCGCGAUGUUAUAUCGUUUGAAAGUAAAAAUGGUUUCACCGUGAGGUGGAUAUUAAGUAAAAAUCUGUGUUCGCUCAUUUUGUGUGGUUAAAAACCGGCAAGCUGAAUUAAUGCGACUAAUCUAUUGCUUUCGAGUAUUGUGUUGUACCGUGUACAUACUUGCUAAUAAUAGGAGAGCUAUAGUAAAUUUACGGUGCUCUUAGUGGAAAGCUGUGCCUCGAACAAAUAACAUUCUUAGUUAAAACGUCAUGUGCAAAAUGGCGGUGCGUGCCAAACUAGCAAUGAUGCAAUAGAAAAUACAAUGUCAACAAAAGAAAUCAUUCACUAAAAUCAUGCAGUACAAAUACAGUAUGUGAAAACAAAAGAGAAAUGGGUAAAAACCAUUUCUUUUAAAACAAAAAUCAUUGUUUCACGUGUAAUAAAUAAGUCAACAGAGUGAAGGGAAUAGGAAAAUACAAUGGAGAAUACUGUAAAGAUAGUGGUUUGCAGUCUAUAACCCAACAAAUUUUCAAAGAAAUUAAAUGAUCUUAUAAGCUUCCCAACUGCGCGGCCUAUCAUCUGAGGUUUCCUCUAUUCGGACACAUCGCUACAAAGCAUUAAUUAUAAUUUCCUUUUAUUUAAAACUUCAUCUAACAAAAGUUAAUUCAUUCAGUUCAUAAAAAAUUCAACAGGUUGUUAUUAUAGAUGUUUGUAUGUUAUGAAGCAAAAA